UCAGUGAGAUCAUCAGCGCCAUAUUGAGUUCUGCUCCUCCGGCUCCGGCGGUUCUCUGGGCGCUGCGGCCUGGCUCGGCUCGGUUCUCCGGUUCCCCCUGGGUUCAGUAGCGGUCGCGGUUCUCUCGGCGGGCGGGCGGUGAUGGAGGUGGACGGGCUGCUGGAGGCGCUGGAAGAUUUUGAAAAGAAAGGAAAGAAAGACGUCUCUCCGGUGCUGGACCAGUUUUUGUGCCAUGUUGCAAAGACUGGGGAAACCAUGGUAUCAUGGUCACAGUUCAAAAGCUACUUUCUCUUUAAGCUGGAGAAAGUGAUGGAGGACUUCAGAGCUUCAGCUCCGGAGCAGAGAGGACCUGCAAACCCCAACGUGGAGUCGGUCCCAUUCGAAGAGAUGAAGGAGAGGAUACUGAAGAUCGUCAACGGAUACAAUGGAAUUCCUUUUACUAUCCAGCGUUUGUGUGAGCUGCUCACAGACCCCAAGAGGAACUACUCAGGAACAGAGAAAUUCCUCCGGGGGGUUGAGAAGAAUGUGAUGGUGGUCAGCUGUGUGUAUCCCACAUCUGAGAAAAAUGGCUGCAGUGGUGUUAACCGAAUGAACGGGGUCAUGUUGCCAGGCAACACAUCGGUCUUCACUGAGAGGAAGGUGAACGGGCCAGGUACCCCCAGACCGCUGAACAGACCCAAACACACUCCAUCAAGUUCUCUGGCUACGAACGGCCUUCCUGACAGCACAGAAAACAAAGAAUCUAACUCAACAUCCGGCCACAACAAACCCGUUAGCGACUCCUCUGUAUCGGGGUUGAGCUCUCCUCCGAGUGGCUCUGUGAAGAACAAGCACUCUGAUGAGGAGGAGGACAUGGAGGAGGAGCAGCAGGAGGUGAAGAGGCUGAAGUUCAGUGAGGACGGAGGUGAGGAAGAGGAGGAUGGUGAAGAGGAGGUGAACAGUGAGGAGGAGCUGCGGCCUGCGCUGCCCGAGAGCGCGUCGGAGGUGCAGGGCAGCGAGUCGCCGUCGUCCAUGACGGAGGAGAAGGAUGAAGGCUGUGAGGAGGAGACGGAGGCGGCCACUUCAUCAGCAGCCGCUGAAGACCAAGAGCCGUCCAGCACUCAGUCCAGCUGCUCUCCUGUAGACGAUCGAGACGGCUGCUCCGCUGAGAGGGAAGUUCCCAGCGGCUCCAACUCAGAGGAUCCGAGCGAUAUGGACCAGUCUGAGCAGCGAGCGCCGGCCUCCAGCCCCGAACCUCGGGACGAGGAGGAGGAGCCCAGCGAGCCGGUCAGCAGCAGCUGCGACGACAGCGGAUCCAGCAGCAACGAGAGCGGCGGCGGCGGGGGUCCGGCCCCCAGCAGCAGCGCUGCAGACUCUCCAACAGAGGGGGACGUAGAGCCCGGGGACUCGGAGAACACAGAGGAGCCUAUGGAACAGGACUGAGAGCUUUACGGAAAUCAGACAUCGUAGCGUAACAGCAAUUAGCGUGUCCUCGUGUGGAGGGUUGAGAAGAACACACUAACGAACACUAUAUCCAGAGGAGCUUGUUGACUUUGGGUCGCUGAAAGCUGAAAACCGCUGCCGCCAACACAAGCCUUCUGUUCCAGUGUCACGAACAAUGGUCUCCAUCAGUCUCCAACAGUCUCCCCCACUGAAUGGACACUCUACUCUGCUGGUGUACAUAUGUGAUUUUUCAGUUUCUGAUUGUGAGAUUUGAGAAGAACACACCAAUGAACACUAUAGGGAAGAGCUUUGUUGACUUGGGGCAGCUGAAGGCUCUGGUCAGCAGUCUCCAACGGACUCCAAUGGUCUCUUGGCGCAGCUAAAAGCUGAAAACCGCCAUCACCACAACAAGCCUUCUGGUCCAGUGUCACAAACCACAGUCUCCAAUGGACUCCAGCAGUCUCCAUCGAUCUCCAACGGUCUCCCUCUCUGUAUGGACACUCUACUCUGCUGGUCUACAUUUUUGAUUUUCAGUUUCGGAUUGUGGAGAUAUGUGAAGAACACACUAACGAACAGUAUCGGGAAGAACUUUUUGACUUGGGGCAGCUAAAAGCUGCUGCCAACACAAGCCUUCUGAUCCAGUGUUACGAACAACGGUCUCCAGCAGUCUUCAACCAUCUCCAACGGCCUGCAGCAGCCUCCAACCAUCUCCAACGGCCUACAGCAGCCACCAAACAUCUCCAAUGGCAUCCAACGGUCUCUAACAAUCUCCAGCGAUUUCCACUGGUUUUCAACGGUCCCAGCAGUCUCCAGCAGACCAACGGCCUCCAGCAGUCUCCAACAGCCUUCCCCCUCUGAAUGGACACUCUGCUGGUUUUCAAUUGUGGAGAUUUGAGAAGAACACACUAACGAACACUAUCGGGAAGAGCUUGUUGACUUGGGGCAGCUAAAAGCUGAAAACCUCCAUCGCCACCACAAGCCUUCUGGUCCAGUGUCACAAACAACGGUCUCCAAUGGACUCCAACAGUCUCCAGCGUUCGUUCCUCUCCCUACUGACACAAUACUCUGCUGAUGUACAUAUGAUUUAUUUUCAUUUUCGAAUUGAAGGUUUUAAACUGGAAGGUUCUCUUUUCUAUGCUCUGAGUUGGUUUUCAAAGGCAUUUUUCUCCUUCUGUCGGCUUUUUUCACUGUACCAUAGCGAAGGGACGUCUCACUUUUUUGGUUUGUGUGCUCUGCUCUGAACGAGGCCUGCUUUUUUCUUAUGAUUUUGUUGUUUUUGUAGUUAAGUUCAUAGAGGUUUGUAGACGUUCCCAAACUCCUGCCAGACAGUGGAGCGUCAGUCUGUCUGCCUUGCUUUAUGCAGUUUCUCCAAAGACCCAACACUGAGCUACUGUUUACAGUAGUGUACAGAAGACACAGGCAAAUGCAAGCCAUAGUUAUCAGUCCCGGUUUUGUUUUUUAGUUUAUUUUUCCACCUUGUUUUUGGGUGCGAAUGCUGGUUUUUUUUUCAGCUGUUAAAGUUGCGUUUUUGGAUGCACGCGGAACGUCUCGCUGUUUUUCUGCAUUGUAAGAGGUGCAACACCUUUUUUGCAAGUUUCCUUUGCUUUGUGUUUCUUUUUUGUUCUUCUUCCUUUUAUAUUCUCUCGCUGUUACAACAACCCAGCUAUAUUGUAGACUAUACUGAAGGAGAGUUUAAUAUAAAAAGAUACAUUUUAAUUUGAAAAAUCUGACUUUUUUGACUUGGACUUGGUUCACUAUAAUUUAUAUAAACAUUUCAAUGAAUCAUUCUUUUGUUUUUUGAGAUUUUUUUUUUUUUGGUUCGUUUUGUUUAUCUGUUCACAGUUACUGACGACUGUUUAUAUAAAGUGUGUGUUUGAGCGCGUGUGUGAGAGUGAAUGAGACUAAAUGAGAAAUCAGGAGAGCGAGAGGCCCAUGUCUACACCGUAGGUAGUCUCACCAAUAACAGCUGGCUGCCUCCACUGCAGCCGUACCGUUUUUAUAUUUAGAAUUUUUUAAUUGCUGUUGAGUUUUUUUUUUUGUAGAGCAUUUUGUGUUCACUGCUUAUCGUGAAUCCAUGUUAUUGUGAGAUCUCUGUGUAAAACUGAAUGCGUGUGCUUUUGAUGCAGUAUUCAGGUGAAGCAAUAAAUGUUCUGGUGGUUUUAAAAUAAAAAUAAAUUGUUUUUA